AUUAAUUUCCAGCUCAGUGGAAUCUUUCAGAACUCCAACAUCAGCCAACUCUACGCACGGAUCUCUGGGAUUGUUAGCGAUACUUUAGUGAACAUGUGAGAGACUGACUGUUUUGAAAAUCACAAAAAAGCUCUUAUUUAUUUUUUUUAAUUUUACGGAUUUCGUAUUAACGAAAUAUUAAUAAUUAGAAAUGAAGACUGUGGAGAUUCAUCCAGUGCAUACAACCUAUCAUACAAUUACAGCAGGGGCUGUGGCAGGGAUCUGCAUUGGGUCCAUCGUGUUUCUUAUCGGAAUAAGCAUCAUAGCGUACAGGUGCUAUCAAAGGAGACGAGCAAGGAACGUACAAACAAGACUGUCUUACGCUAUAAAGAAGGGACUCAAAGAAUCGACAAAUGGACGCAGGACUAGUUCGUCAGUCAAAAGCACGCCACUGAAACAACAUAGAGCAACUAGUCCAAUAUUACCACCACAAGAUAGCAUACUGGAUCGUUCGUCCGACCAAGGGUAUAAUAUGCCUCCAGAGAACGGCCAAAGAUCAUCAUAUCCUGAUCAAGCGUUUUGUGAAAAUGAAAAAGAGGCUGUUACUACGCCGAGCGAGAAGGAUGUGAGUCAACGUGAGAAGCAAAUUGACGAGAAACAGAGACUUGGAAUGUUAUACUUUUCUGUGGAGUAUGACGAACACAAUACGGCCCUUCUCGUUACAAUUGUCCGAGCGAGCGACUUACCACCACGAGAUCCCAGCUUAGGAGGGUGCGACCCGUAUAUAAAGCUACAACUUCUGCCGGACAAGAAACACAAAUGUAAAACUAGAGUACUGCGUAAAACCCAACACCCUUCUUAUGAUGAGACUUUUACUUUCUAUGGUAUCAGCAAGAAUCAAAUUCCGGGAAUCACUCUUCACUUUGUUAUCUUGAGUUUUGACCGAUUUUCCCGCGAUGAAAUCAUCGGAGAAGUGGUGUAUCCCCUGACAGAUGUCAGCGCAGACCAAAAAGAGCUUUUGCUUUUCAAAGAAAUAAAUCCAAGACACUUGAAGUUCAGAGCCCAAGGUCGUGGGGAGCUGUUGGUCUCUCUGUGUUACCAGCCGGCCGCUAACAGACUGACCGUGGUGGUCCUCAAAGCCCGGAAUCUGCCAAAGAUGGACAUCACAGGACUUUCAGAUCCUAUUGUAAAAAUAUAUUUGCUGUACAAUAAUCAGAGAAUUGCCAAAAAGAAGACGCACGUCAAAAAACGAACUCUGAAUCCAGUGUUCAACGAGUCGUUUCUUUUUGACAUUCCCUAUAACGAGGGCUUACAGAACAUCAGCAUGGAAUUCCUCGUCAUGGACUGGGACAGAAUGACCAAAAACGAAGUGAUAGGUCGACUGGAGAUCGGCGGAAAGAGUUCCGGUCAGGAAUUACAUCAUUGGAACGAGGUCAUGAACUGUCCAAGGAAGCAAAUUGCAGAGUGGCAUAAAUUAAGGGAAUGAAACAUAAUAGCAUGUAAAAGGGAAUUGAAACAGAAUAGAGUGAAAUUAGGGAAAGGUUCAAAAUUGAAUUGAAUAAACUCAAAAGACCAAAGAUAAACGUUGUUUUAUUUGUUAUGAUAACCAAUAUUAAAACUGCCAUUAUUUAAAAUAAUGUCUGAGUAAGUUAACAUGAUGUAUAUAUACCAUUUUUGUAAAACAAAUAUUUGGAAGUUGUUUCUAUUAAAAUAGAACUUGAAAUUCGCAGAUUUAGAUAAGAUGGUCAGGUAAUUAAUGUAUAAAUGAAACAGAGCUAUGUAUUUAAGGAAUGAAUUCAAUAUUUAUUAGUUUUAUACGAUAUAAAAUGGUUUGGGGCAGUUUACACUUUAUAAACCGCGAAACGGUUUAUAAAAAAGCGUAAACUGUUCCAAACCAUUUUAUAUCGUAUAAAACUAAUAAAUAUUGAAUUCAUUCCUUAUAAUUUAAUUUAUUUGCUAUCAAUUGUUGAUAAAAACAGUCAUUUGAUAUAUAAAAUGACAUCAUAUUGUACAAAGUUCAAACGUAACGUCAGGCGGAUUGAUACGUUUUUGACGUAAGUCUUACUAUGACGUAGGCAACAUUCUUUAUACGAUAUAAAAUAAAUUUUUCAACCAAUCAGAAAGGGUGUUACAACCAGAAUUAAAUUAUUCAAACUUAAAAGGCAGAAAACCAGUCAAAAAUUCCAUCUACUACAAUGAAAUUUUUUAAAUUGAGCGGCAUAUUAAUUACUUGUUUCUUUUUUAUUGGUGAAACCUAUGAACACAAUAUGCAAACAUAAAUACAAACACCACAAUUCACUGCAGAUAAAAGGACAAGUAUAAACGUUUUGAAUAUGUUUAUUUUGACCCUUGUGUAACUUCAAUGGUUUUUAUUAUGUGCAAUUGGUGGAAUUGGUGGAAUUUUGGGCAAAUCCGAUGCAGUAAGUUUUUAGUUAUUAAGAAAAUUAAGGUUUUCGUUCGUGAAGUAUCUACAUAAAAACAUAUGAUAAAGCGACGCAAAACAAUCAGAUUUAAUGUUUGUAUAUCGUUUAUCAGUAUUUUCGUAAAUGUAAAAAAUAAAAAUAAAACUUUGAGAUGCUUUG